AUGAGAAAUCCAACUGUUGAUGCUUCAGGUCAAGACGAUAAAUGCAGUGAAGAAUCACUCGCUAACUCAAUAAAUAGUAAUAGUAAUUUCAGCUCUUCUUCGGAAGGCGGAAAUGAAUGUGAAUUUGGUACAGUAGAAAAGGUGGACACAUUGAUUGGUGGUAGAAGAGUUAUAAACAGUAAUGUGGAAAGCGCCAACAAUAAUGAUCAGGAGACAAGGACUGCGGAACCACUUCAGUCUUCGAUUAACAGUCGCCAAAAUUCAGAAAAGGAGCGCGUGAACUUUAUUCCUCUCGACAACGAUGACGAAGAACUCGAUAAAAUUAUUUCGUACACCCCUGAUGGCGGUUUUGACAGCUCUCAUAAAACUUUUUCGUUUUCCUUGCCAUUUGGUAAUACGAAUUUUAAAUCAAACUCGCCGUUGGCUAUAUUUAAAACAGUCCUACCCAAGACCCCUGAUGAGAUCAUCAAGGAUAUUUCGAGGAAGAAUGCAAUCAGACUAAAGCUGAAGAAAUCAAACUCUAUUUCUUCGUUGGAAGAAAUGGAGUUAUUUAAAGAUGAAAAAGGUAUCGAUAAUUCCAGAUUAAGGGCUGUUAAAAAAUCAUUAGAAAUGGAUGCGUUGAAGAACUCCUUGAAGCAAAUAACUGCAGACCCGUUCGACAAAACACAUGACGGAUACUACCGCUCAAGAUUAGAGUCCAUAUGGAAUGAAUUAGAAGGUGAUAUUGUCAUAAUGGGCGGUUACCGAGGUAGUAUAUUAAGAGAUGCAACUACACAUAAGCGAAUUUGGAUCCCGUUAAGGGCAGGUCUUAAUAUGACGAAAGUAGAUUUAUUGAUUGGGCCUAAUGAUGAAGAUGAAUUGGCAACUCAAAAAAAAAUCAUCCCCGAUGGGAUGUUGACGCACAUAGGUCCUGUCGAUGUCUCUAGAAGAUUGAUUAAGAAAUUAGAAGCGAACCCAAAUGUAAACAUUCAGCAGUUUGGUUAUGACUGGAGAUUAUCAUUAGACAUUUCUGCUGAGCAUUUGAAGAGUAAAUUACAAGAACUGUAUGAUAAGCAGAUUGAUAAAAAGGGAGUAUAUAUUAUCUCUCAUUCGAUGGGCGGUUUAGUGGCGCAUAAAGUUUUACAAGACUGUACGCAUUUGAUAAGAGGCAUUAUUUACGUGGGUUCUCCUAAUCAAUGUCCAAAUAUUUUGGGUCCUAUCAGGUUCGGAGAUGAUGUGAUGUGGAACAAAACCAUUUUCAGCAAAGAAACAAACUUUUUUAUGAGAAGCAGCUUCUAUUUUCUACCGGUGGAUGGGAGGUGUUUUGUUGACAAAACUACCUUAAAAAGGUAUGAUUUUGACUAUUUUGAUACAGAAGUUUGGAAGUAUCUUGGCCUAUCACCUCUGGUUAAUGAAAAGAGAGGUAAAUUAGCCGACGAAAAAGAAAAGUUACUGCCCAAAAAAUCCAAGUCAUCACUUUCACUUAAAGCUACAUUCAACGCCACUACUAAGUUCGUCUUAAGUACACCUGUAGUUCGAGCUGUUACAGGUAAUAACAACAAGCAGUCAGUAAAAGAAAUACCCUCUGAUGAGGUCUUCCACACGUCUUAUGAAGAUAGCUGUGAAUAUUUAAUGAAAGCUUUGAAACGUACCAAGGAUUACUUGGAUAGUCUGGAUUAUGAUUCGAGUAAAGAAUAUCCUCCAUUAGCCAUGGUUUAUGGUAACAAGGUUCCCACUGUCAGAGGCGCCAAGGUUAAUGGCAUACAAGAUAUUAGAGACGGAAAUUACGAAGAUCUUUACUAUGGCCCUGGUGACGGUGUUGUGCAUCACAAAUGGUUAUUGCCUGAACAAAGAGGUUUUCCGGUCGUUUGUAAAAUAGCUAGUUCCGCAGGUCAUGUCAGUUUAAUGACAGAUUUGAAAUCAAUGGCGAAGGCAUUCAUUUCUAUUGUCGAUAGUGAGAGGGAAAGGGCAAACCCACCUUCAUGA